UCAGUCACCCAGGAGGCGUGGGGGAGGUGUUACCCUUCAGUAAAUAACCACUGCUGUCUCCCGCCACUGUAUUCUUGCACCUCCUCGGAGACACUAGGUUUCCCACCCCGUCAGCACCUCCUUCAGGAUGGUACAGAAGCGUCCAUCUGAAUCUGUGUCCUGUUAUCUGCUGCUAAGGAACAUGUCGUAUUGGGUGACAUGUCUUUUGAGGUGCCCAUGAUAUAAUGGCGUUUAACGUAAAGCAGGAUAGUUUUGAAUGGAUUAAAACGUAAGUGAUUGACAAGCAUGUGUGUGUGAAACCCUCCGUACGGACUUCACUCUCUGACCUCCCAGACGAAACUGGAGAGCAUAGCGACCCAGUCAUAGUAACGGGUAUUGAAAAAUGAAGUUACGUGAAAAAGAGUGAAGUGUAGGGUGUUGUGGGUAGUGAAAACCAGUGAAUUACUUGAAUACGAGAAAGAUAAAAUUAGAAGUGUAGUGGUUAUGGCUGUGGUCAACUUGAACGUGCCUCGCCUGCCCCUGGCACUAGCCCGGCACCAUGAGGCACUGCCCUUGGCACCUUAUAAGAUAGCCCCACCGCCUAUUGUCCCCCCUACUGUCAUAACCCUCAAACAAAUGUGCAGUAAAUAUUGGUUGGAACGCGUGCAGUACGUGUUGCGUCGUGACGUACCUAAACAGCACGUCUUCGCCGUUCAACGAUACCUUGAGGACCUACCUCGGGACCUGCGAGCUAUUAUGGUGCAUAACGCCCUUAAAGCAGGAGGUUUGCACCUGAAGCAUGGCAGCAGGGAACUAGCGGCUAUCAACCGUGCCUUGGUGCUCCUGACCCCGGAAGUGAUGGUAGUGGAGCCUGUCUAUGUGACACUGCCCCGUCCAGGUCCCAGCGGCUCUGACUGGCCUCUAGAUAUCGAGUUAAUACUAUACAAUGGUGACGGUCUUACUCAUCUAAUGCUCACUAUGCCGCCACUGCUCACAGACGCCGUCAAGAAAGUCUUCACAGAUCUCUGUCGUACCUGUAAGAGGCUUCGUCGUGUUAGAUUAGUGAAUGCUUCAGACGAAGCUCUCACUUUGCUGACGCGACACUGCCGACACUUGACUCACCUCGACGUGUCGGGAUCUGCAGGAGUCACAGACGAAGGCAUCAACCGCGUUAUCGUCAACCUACGUUGGGGUGGAGGCGAAGACGAAGAGGUGAAACUGCGUCAUAUAGACGUUGGGGCAACAAGCGUAACACAAGAAGGUGUAUGUGCCCUACUUACAAGAUUACCAGAGCUCACUAGCCUAGGAUCGACGGAUGUAAUCGAAGCUCUGAAAAUGAUGGACGAACUGGGAGACAACACAUUAAUAACAGCGUUGCAGGAAGUAAACGUACGCUGUGUGACAGUGGGCAACCUGCAGCUGUUGCGACGUGUGUGCCCCGUUCUCACGGGCAUCAAUGCCAUUAUCAACUUCGCCGGGGUGACCAUCAACGACCUGCGGCUACUUCCUGGACUGCAGCAUCUGCGGCUAUCGGUGCGAGAGCCGUACUUACUCUCACCCACGGCCAUGUACGAGUUUGCGUGGGCGGUGGGGUCACAGCUAGUGACACUGAGGGUGGAGGGAGACGUGUACUGGGAAGCGGAUCUGGGGGUACUGGCUGGCAACUGUCCCCACCUGGAGGAGCUGGCUUUACCCGCAGUCACUGUUCCCGCCCGCGACUCCCUGGCUGCCCUCACCAACAAGGACAGUAUUGCUCUCUCGAAGCUCAAGGUGCUGGAGCUGGACUGCAUGACGGGGGUUGGACCCAAGGCUUGGGCCAAAGACUACGCCCUGGUGCGGCAGGGGCUGGUGGCUGCUCUCAGCAAGUGCUUCCUUCUACGACGACUGGUGUGUCGUCCAACUACCCUCGUAGAACACGACCUCCUCAAAAUCCUCUCUGUAAAUAGGAUGACCCACCUCGAGCAGGUCCUGGAGCUGUACAACUGUGUAUUGGGGUUGUCAGCUGCGUUGUUAAUGGUUGACACGUGUGAGAACAUGCACGUCAUGAAGGGGCUUCGGACUUGGCGUGGCCUGACCCUGCAUGACCUGGUGACCCUCAGGAAGCACACCAGAGGUCAUCGACGAUGCUCGGAACUCAAGAUCCUUCCCUGAACUGUGUGUACACAGAGGCCUUUUGUAGUUUAUUAAUAAAUUUUGACACAG